GCCAGCUGCGGACCGUCCAGUGGCUGUGCUACUUCUACAGCGUCGUCAUGCCCAGUGAGGCCCAGUGUGUUCUCUACCACGAGCUCCAGCUCUCCUUGGCCUGCAAGGGCCUACAGAUCCACUCUGGACUACACCAAACAAAGUCUGGGGAUUUUCAUUGACCUCCAGAAGAAAGAAGAGGCGCAUGCCUGGCUGCAAGCAAGGAAGAUCUACUACAUCCUGAAGCAGAGCGAGCUGCUGGACCUGUACAUCCAGGUGGCACAGAAUGUGGUCCUGUCCACAGGCGACUCCAACCUGGGCUGGAGCUGUUUGAGGCAGCUGGAGACAUCUUCAAUGGGGCCUGGGAGCGGGAGAAAUCCGUGUCCUUCUACCAGGAAAGGUUUGAUGCAGCCGGGUACUACCAGCUGGCACUGGCAGCCGCUGUGGACCUGGGCAACAAGAAGAGCACAGCUGAAGACCUACCCGCAGCCGGUCACCAUCUCCCACAACUUCCUUCUGGACCGCGAGAAGUCGCUCUUCUACCAGAAGGCCAGGACCUUCGCCACAGUGCUCAAUGUCUGCAGGGUCAACCUGCCUCCUCUCCCACUCUGCGGGUGGGCCCCCUGGUUAGCCCCCAGCCACCCUCGCUGAGGACAGCAUCCGAGGGAGUGGGUUUUGUGCAAGGAGGAGGAUGGUCUCCUGCCUCUCCUGGUGUCUCCCGUGGCUCAUUUUCUGGGAAAUGGAAGCAUGAAAGCAGGGUUCAAAUAGCAAUAAAUGCUUUUUUGCAAUAA